AUGAGGAAGAAACUAAAAUUGGACGGUCCUGUGGUCGAUGAGGAGAAAGAAACUCAUAACGCAAUGGCCAAGUGGUUCAUUAGUGGUGAGUUAAAUCCUAAUUUCAUCAAGUCCCCUUCUUUUACAAGGCUUAUGAGCUUCAUGGAACCAAAGUAUCCUCCUACAGUUUCUAAAGUCCAGAAUGAAAUUCUCGAGAUCUACGAGGAAUGUAAAGAGAAAGCUAAGAGUUUUUUCAAAGGUUUUGAAGGACAGUUAACACUCUCUUACGAAUGGAUGAUUCUUGGGAAUGGUUGGGCUAGGAACUACGUUAAAGGCCCUGUUUUGCAUGAGGAUUUCGUCUGUUUGACCGCUCAUUUCGUUGAUGAUAACUGGAAGAUGAAGAAAUGGAUCUUGGGGUACACUACUACUACUGACGAGAAUAUACCUAUGGAUGAUGGUUAUUAUGUUUACCCUUUCAAGAAUGCUGUUCAGGAUUUUGAGAUUGACAACAAGGUCUCUACUCUUCUGCUUCCUAACAGUGAGGGUUUUGAUGAAGAAACGUUGGAUCCUUUUAGGAAAUGGGUUGGAGAGAGAGGGAAGAAUCAGUUCAAUCCACGGGUUUUGUUACUCUAUUGUUGCUCUGAUCUUUUCCGGUUAAUGGUUGAUGAUGUGUUUAGUGAGUUGAGCUCGUCGUUGCUAGAGGAUGUGCGUAUGUUGGUUGGAUGGGGAAGGUGUUCGUCAACCAACUGGAACGUGACUUUGUUUCAUUUGCAAAAAGCUGUUGAUAUGAAAGCUGAGGAUGCUUUCUCUAAGGAUGAGAUUUACGAUGAUUAUGACAAACCGUCUGAUGAAGAUUGGAUUAAGAUUGAGACUUAUUGCAAACUCACUGGUUGUAUCUAUAAAGUGGCCAAGGUUCUUUUCGAGGGAGAGUAUUCGACGUCUAACGUUUUCUUCCACCUUCUUGCUGAGUUGAAGCUUAUGUUGAACCAAGAGCUUGCAAGUGGUGAUAAUGAUUACUUCCUUGGCAAAGCUAAGCAGUUACUGGAGAGGUUUGAUAAGUACUGGAAUAGUAUGUUUCUGGUUUUGGCAAUUGCUUCUGUGUUUGACCCUCGGUUCAAGACGAAGUAUCUUGAGUUUUACUGUUCAAAGAAGGAAGUCAAUGUUGAAGGUUCAAAAGCUGAAACUGUUUUGGACUAUUUGAGCAAUCUGUUUGCUCGCUAUGCAGCUAGCGAGAUCUGCCAAAAACCAAUAUGCUCGGUUGAAUAUCUCAAGUUUGAAGGAACUCGUGGAGAGCUUCAAGAAUCAGAGCUUGACUCCUACCUCAAAGAGCCGGUUAUGGAGUGGAACAAAGACUUCAAAGCACUUGAAUGGUGGAGAGAAGAGAGCCAAAAAUAUCCAGUCCUAUCCCGAGUAGCCCGUGACAUUCUCUCCAUACCAAUCUCACGUGCGGCUUCGUAUGACGCUUAUGCUGCUGACAAAAGAGAGCCACCUGAGUUUGUUGUCUCCAUGAAAGCCAAUGUUGCUAACGCCAUGAUGUGUAGCAAAAAAUGGUUACGACUGCUUCAAUAG